UCGCCACGCACGAGUCACCCUCAAUAUCGGAGCACUGUGAACCGAUACCCCUCCUCACGGUUCAAAAUGACUAUCGAGCAAACUGCGUGCAGUAUGUCGGUGGCUCUCAGGAGGGCAGUCAGUGUCUUCUCUGCAUUCCCAGGUGUUGCUUGCGAACCACUUGGUUGGACAGACGUAUGGAAAUCACCCCAUCCGGCCUCUAUCAUCCUCCUCAUCAGAUAAAAACUGAAAUUCUGGCCUAGAUGGAAGCCAAAUAUGCAAAGAUUGCGGACAUCAUCCGCCAGAAAGCCCGCGCUCACCACAGGAAAAGGCUCCUCGUAGCUAUCGCUGGCAUCCCGGGCUCGGGAAAAACAACCACUGCAGCGGCAGUCGCUCAGCUUCUGCGAUCUACUUCUCCCGCUCUGGCCACGGCGCUUCUGUCCAUGGACGGCUUCCAUCUCUCGCGGGCUGGCCUAGACAUGCUCCCCAACCGAGAAGAGGCUUAUCUCCGUCGCGGUGCGCCCUGGACGUUCGAUGCAUCCCGUUUCGUUGCCGUUGUCCGACAGCUACGCCAGUGGGCAGACCUAGACCCUCAAGCUGACCUAAGUGUCGAACUGCAAACCAUCCAUGCGCCCUCCUUCGACCACGAGGCGAAAGACCCCGUGGAGGACGGCGUUGUCAUCACCCCGGACACGUCCGUCGUCAUCAUCGAAGGCAACUAUUGCCUGCUGAACGAACAAAUAUGGCGCGAUGUCGCGCAGCUAGUUGAUUAUCGGAUCUUUGUUGACACAGACCUACAAGAGGCCCGCCGGCGUGUCGCCAAGCGGCACGUUCAGGCCGGGAUUGAGGCCACUCUCGACGCGGGGCUCCAUCGGGUGGACAGCAACGACUAUCUCAAUGCUCUGAUCAUUCAGGACAAGCUGAUUACUCCCGAUUUGGCGGUGCAAAGUAUAAUAGAAAAUGCAUAGCAGUUCGCAAAUAAUUCACAGUUCUCUCUGAAGGCUAUAAAAUACACGCACCCCCAUCAAGAAACAAUUAUAUCCUAGACCGUAACCCGACAUUACUCCUUGAUCUUCUGCUUAUGAAAAACAUCUACUAAAUCAGCCUCUCUCCCACAUCA